AUGACAAGCUCUGGGAAUCACGACACAGCUCAUAAAGGUACCAAUAUAGCUGUGAAUCACGACACAGCUCAUAAAGGUGCCAAUAUAGCUGUGAAUCACGACACAGCUUAUAAAGGUGCCAAUAUAGCUGUGAAUCACGACACAGCUCAUAAAGGUGCCAUUAUAGCUGUGAAUGAGAACGGCGUAGCUGGGACGUG